AUGGUGCAACUUAGGUCUUUGAUUCGCCACCAUGUUUGGUCUAUGAUUGGAGAUGGCCGAAAUACUUCGGCUUGGUUUGACACAUGGAGUUCUAUUGGUCCGCUAUGUACUUUCUUAUCUCCGAGAGUGAUUACUCGAGAGGGCUUCUCCCUCAAUGCUACCGUUGCGGAUAUAUAUUCUAAUGGUUCUUGGAUUUGGCCGGUUGCUUGGAGGGAUAUGUUUCCAGUCCUUAUUCAGCUUGAUCACUUGCAUCGAAAUUUAAAUGUUCCAGAUCACCUUCUAUGGAAAGAUGGGGAUAUUGUGGCUGAGCACUCUUCUUCUGGAGUUUGGGAUUCUGUCCGUACAAGGGAGCAGGAGGUGGAUUGGGCUGCAAUCAUUUGGUUUUCUCAAUGUAUCCCUCGACAUGCUUUUCUGAUGUGGCUUAUUGUGCGACGUAAGUUACUCACUCAAGACAAAAUUCUGCAAUGGAAUCAUACUCGUUGUAACAACAUGAACAUGAUGUGUUGUCUGUUGUGUCAUGGAAAUGUUGACUCUCAUGCCCAUCUAUUUUUCGAGUGCAAGCUUUCCAUGCAAGUUUGGGAAAUGGUUCGGUCCAAAGCGGGUAUGGAAAAUGUGGAUUCAACGUGGGGUGAUAUUUUCGAAUGGCUUGGUCUGCACUCUCGUUCAAAAUCAGCAACUCAUAUGGUUUCGAGAUUGUUGGUGGCAGCGUUGGCUUACACUAUCUGGCAGGAAAGGAAUAAUCGGUUGUUCAGGAACCAAACAAGACCUCCAGAUGUUCUAUGCCAGGCUGUUCUAGAAAGUGUCAGAUAUAAAUUGAUGGGGCUCAAAUUCAAGAACAAUGCUAGAGUUUGGGAGCUACUGGAGAAGUGGGAUAUUCAUGGAGCUGAUAUAGUGAUGGCUAACGAAUGA